UUCAACACCACUGAAUGGGAGGGUUACCUUCCCAAGGAGAACUUUAGAACCAAGGCCGGGCCUUGGCACAGGUGUGCCGUCGUCUCUUCUGCGGGAUCUCUGAAAAACUCCCAGCUGGGUCGAGAGAUUGAUAAUCAUGAUGCAGUCCUGAGGUUUAAUGGGGCACCUACAGACAACUUCCAACAGGAUGUGGGCACAAAAACUACCAUUCGCUUAAUGAACUCUCAGUUAGUCACCACAGAAAAGAACUUCCUUAAGGACAGUUUGUAUACCAAAGGAAUCCUGAUUCUAUGGGACCCAUCCGUGUAUCAUGCAGAUAUUCCGAAGUGGUAUCAGAAGCCUGACUACAACUUCUUCGAAACCUAUAAGAGUUACCGAAGGCUGCACCCCAGCCAGCCCUUUUAUAUCCUCAAGCCCCAGAUGCCAUGGGAACUAUGGGACAUCAUUCAGGAAAUCUCUCCAGAUCUGAUUCAGCCAAAUCCCCCAUCCUCCGGCAUGCUGGGUAUCCUCAUCAUGCUGACGCUGUGUGACCAGGUAGAUAUUUACGAGUUCCUCCCAUCCAAGCGCAAGACGGACGUGUGCUACUAUCACCAGAAGUUCUUUGACACCGCUUGCACGAUGGGUGCUUACCAUCCGCUCCUCUUUGAGAAGAAUAUGGUGAAGCAUCUCAACGAGGGAACUGAUGAAGACAUCUAUUUUUUUGGGAAAGCCACCCUGUCUGGCUUCCGUAACAUUCACUGUUGAGCAUGUGUUUCUGGCCAGGCACCCCCAUCCUUCUCCAUAAGUCAUUUUAUGGCUACUCUCCUGGCUACCACUGCUUGAAAGAGUGUUUUUAUUCAACAGGCCCAGCCUGCUUCUUGCACUCUAAGGAAUUUUGUUGGCAAGUUCUGGGGCCUCCAGAGGCUGAUGGCAAGGAGGCAGACCCAGCCUUCCCUGCAGCCACCGAGUAUGGGAGCCUAGAUUCUUGCCAUACAGUUCCUCUAGAUAGCAUCCUCCUCUCCAUCCACAUGGGUAGGGGAAAGAUUCACAUUUUUCACCAGGGUUGCCAAAACUAGACUUUGAGUUUUUUCUAACUGAAUGAUGUCAUCCUCACAAAGGAGCACCCUCUGUGUCUUGAAAUCUCCCCCUAGGUGUUGAUUUCACAUCUUAAAGAAACUCUCCUAAAUCAUGAUUUGUGUCAGAUGCAGGGUGGCUUCAGGGAGGGGAAGCAAAUCAUUGGGAAAGGGUGGGGAAGCCUACUCAGUUACUCCAGAGUAAAGUUGUUCCCGAGAGCACUCCCUUGGGGACAUAGUCCUAUUGUCACCCCAACUGGCUAGGCUCCUCCUUAAUCCUGGGUGCUUAUGAGCAAAGGAUCUUGGGUAUCCCACUUCCCACUCCCUGUGGAGACAAAAGGUCCAAAACCUCCCAUCUGUCCCCAACCUGAUCAGAAUUGAGUGGAAGAGAGAGACACCCGACAGGCAACUAGAAUGCAAACAUUAACGUGUGCUCAGUGAACUGGGCCCUUCUCUAAGAGCCUGCUGUCUGUAUACCCAGGAGGGGCCAGCUCUACUAUACUGUGUUCUUGUAGAGCUGUGGCACUGUGCUCUUAGAGGAAGAAAAGACCCAUGUCACCUGUGUCAGAAGAUCUGUUUUCAUUUUUCCCUUUAUCACUGAUAUUACAUUCUGUAUGACCUGUGAGAACAUGGAGGCCCAAGGUAUUUUUGUUAGCAAGUCCCUACCCACAUUAGCACCAAGUGCUGCCCCACAGUAGACAGCAGGUUAGUCAGACAGACUGGGGCUCUUAUUUUUUAAAUGUCUACUCCCUUACCUUCUCCUAAUUGCUAUCAUUACUCUCCCUUUCAGCAGGCUUCCCUCCCAAAGUACUUUUAAUCAUUUUCUGUUUGUCAGUUACCCCAACUUUCGCUGACCUUAUGGGGCCCCCAUGAAAGGUCUCUCAGGGCAUGGGGAAUAUGUUUUCUGGGACUUAGGUUAGCAUCUUAAUUAUAAGUGAUUCUCAAAAGGGGUGAGGUGCGUGAUCACAGAUUGCCCUGCUCCCCCUGCAAGGGAGUGACAUUGGUCUCUCUGCAGGAAGCACCCACCCUGUUUCACAAGGAUUUUCUGAGACCUUUCUACCUGGUAGGAAGCCAGAGCAGUUCACUCAGCCCCUGGUGUGGAGUGGUUCAACGACUCAGAGUCAAAAUGAAUGCUAUUGAACCAAGGCCACUAAGACACAAUCUGCUGGAUUCCCAGGGCUGGCCUGUGUGCUCACAGGGCUUCAGUGUUUCGAGCUGCAGACCCACUGUCUUAGAGCUUAGAAACAUGUUUACUGCUGACCCCUUGCCUUAUGCGGGCCAUAGAAAGCCCGGAGUGAAAAGCCCUGGGUUUCCAGGUUGACCCCCAUUUCCACACUGUGCCACUUUGUUUCCAUAUCUGUAAAAUGGGGGUGACAAUGCUACCUCACAAGGCUGUGUGGGGACCACAGGAAAACAUAUUUCCGGGCUGUAUGAGGACCACUGGAAAGCACGUGACUGGGCUGUGUCCACAGUGUGUAGGAAGUAGGUAUCCUGCUGUCCUUGUUUCUUUAUGAAGGACCUGCUCAGUGAUCACACCCAUGUUGGACCUUGCUGCAAAGGGCCGUGUAUAGAAGCAGGGCUUCCUUUCUGUUGUGAGGCCACUGCAUCAUUUGCAACACGCAGGAGCCUACCCUGUCUUACUGCCUCAGGGCGCAUAGAGCAUUGGGCUGCUUAUCCACUGUGUGGGAUAGGUCUAGGGCAUUCCUGGCUCACUUCAAGUUCUGAUCUCACAUGCUCAUUAUAAGGCAUCAGGACUGUAGGUGGAGUGCCCAGGAAGCUGACGUUCCUUCCAUCAGCAAGAGGUACAUUAGAGAUGGAGACUACACUGGGUAGAUUCUAGUUUUUAAUUCUUAUUAAUGUGGGGGAAUAAAUUAAUAAGUGUAAUAUGAUUCUGAUGUCUGUUAGACUUUUUCUGUGCUCUAUAAAUGUAGAUACCUGAGUUAAGUGGACUACAGAGUGGAUGUGGGCGUCACUAUUAGUCUGGUGAGGUGUUUAGCAUUUGUGACAGGUAGUUUAAAAUCAGUGACUGAAUGCUAUAGGAAAGCGUCUGUCUACAUGGGCACUGGUGUUAAUAGCCAUCUAUGCAUCCUAAAUGCAGGAUCCUCUUGAUUCCUUCUGCCAAUCAAAUCUAUUGUUGCUCUUGGUUCGGGGUUUGUGUCAGAAACUUUUAAAACAUACUUGUUAAUUCUAAAUUAUCCAAAGAUUAUGUGUAAAUUUUAAAAUAAAUAUCUUUUUCAGAAA